AUGUCAACAGUUGGAAUCACUUCUGGACAACUGGAAGGCCCAGGGCGUGUGCUGAGCUUUGCAGAUGAUGUCCUUGUAUUCAGACGGGGUAAGGACAGGCAAGAAAUAGCUAACGCGGGGCAACAGGAGCUGGAUCGAAUUGGGCAAUGGUGUGUAGACCAUUACGCCGAACUCCACAACGACAAGGCCUGUGUGUUGUGGGGCUCGCUGAACAAUCACGCGAUGAAAACAAAGAUGCCCACAGUCACAAUUAACGACAGGAUCCUGAAACGUGUGCACUCACUGAGGUAUCUAGGUAUCACCUUUGACAGAUCACUCUCAUGUGUCUUUGACAACUUCACCAUACAGUCAAAACUUCUCAUUAACAGCACCCACAUAACGCCCUUCACAGACACACAGGCCGACACAUCCCCCGACAGGAGCGCACUGACAGAGGAAGAGCGCUGUGAGCUGAUGACGUCAUCCUGCUCGGACAUCCGGUUCAGCCCCGAGGCGUCCACGAUCGUCUCCGAGUGGCGACUCGUCUGUGCUCGCUCAUGGCUGGCCUCGCUGGUCAUCUCUGUCCAGAUGUCCGGUGUGGCCGUUGGCUGUGUGGCGGCUGGCUGGGUGGGCAACAAGUUCGGGCGGCGGGUGAGCCUAUACAUGAUGGUGGGGCUGAGCGCUGUGGCAAACACCUUGGCUGCAUUUUCCAACUCCCUGGAGAUGUUCGCUAUUCUCAGGUUCUUUAUCGGAGCUAGCGUGGGCGGGAACCUGUCCAUCAACCAGGUCUAUCCUAAAGAAUUCGUCACGGCCAAAUGGCGGGUGAUCUUGGCGGCCAUCCCUGCCUUCCACUGCGGCAACAUUCUGUUCGGCGUACUGGUGUACGUGCUGCGGGACUGGCGACACAUCCACAUGGCCACCGCCGCUGUGUCUUUGGCGGCUCUCCCCACCGUGUUCUGGGUACCGGAGAGUUUGCGCUGGCUGGCCGUUCACGGGAGAGUCAAGGACGCUCUCGCGGUAGCUAACAAAGUUUGUCGGUACAACAGGAAAAGCGAGCUCGAAGAGAAGGACAUGGUGGUCUUGGAGGAGAGCGAGGUGAGGGCGCUGGAAAGAAAGUCCACUGUUUGCCACCUUUUACAAAAACCCCUCAGGAAAAGGAGCAUAGUCGGUUUCUGCCUCUUCUUCAUCAUGGCUUUUAUCUUUUACUCCAUCGGUUUUGGCGUGAAAAAUCUGUUUGGAAACUUGUACCUCAAACUAAUUUUCUUUUUCUUUUUCGUGGUGCCCCUACUGCCUAUUAUGGCGACAAAGCUUGGGAGGAAGAGGGGGAUCAUGAUUUACUUCGCCAUAGCUUGCCUCACGGCUCUGGUCGUUUUGAUCCUACUGUUUACAAGCUCGAGCAGCUCUCUCGGUCUUGUGGUGACAAUUUUUUCCCUCAUUAUCUCUACUGCCGCUGACCAAGCUCUGAGUCUGAUGGCGGCAUUUAUGGUGGAGCUGUUCCCGACAUACGUACGCACGUUGGCCUACAGUUUUGUGUAUUUUGGAGCGAGGCUCGGUGGCAUCUUGGCUCCAUAUCUGUUUCCGCGAAGCUCAGAGCUUCUGUAUAUUUCCUUCGUCGUGAUUGGUUGUCUGACGGUCACGUGUAUGUUUAUGGUCUGGACUCUUCCGGAGACGCGGAAGCGAGGUUUGGGAGACACGACCGCGGCUACAAGCAAAAUGUAG